UGACGGGAUUGCCCAUCACCAACUAUAUUGUCGGGCUUCUUCGCUUUGUUCGUCUUAUCGCCCUUAUCUAGCGUUCCUUCAUACCGCUACAGAGACACGUCCUAUACUUCCAACAACCAAGAUACCUCUACUGUCUCUUCAGGUCACACACAGAUAUUAGACUCCCGACACAAGCAAUAGCCAUGCCUCCUCCUCUCUUACAACAGAUUCAUGCAGUGCUCCCGCAACACUGUGAACCGACAACUCCCUUCCUCGCGGCCGUGUCCUCCUACCUCCACAUCUGCCUCCCCACACCGUUAGCCUUCGUCUCCUCCGUUCUCGGAACCCUCAGCAUCGUGUCCUGGCUCUUCGCCCAGCUCCCACAAAUAUACAAAAAUUAUCAAAUCCAGUCGACGGCUGGCUUGUCGCUGUUCUUUCUCGUGGAGUGGUGUUUGGGUGAUACUAGUAAUCUUCUCGGUGCCCUGCUCACCCGGCAGGCUGGCUGGCAGGUCAUCGUGGCUGCUUACUAUGUCUGCGUUGACGUGACUUUGGUCUUUCAAUACUUCUGGUAUACACACUACAAAGGACAGUAUGAUGGCUACGGUGCCCUCUCUCAUUCGGAAUAUGGUCAGCCCCCGGGUAGUGUCUUGGAAGGCGUCUCGUUCUCCGACAACGGCUCUUCCGAUCACGCCCCUCGUUCGACCGAGUCUCCCUUACCGUCAAAUCCCAAAGAUGUGAAAGAUAUGAAGGAGCCUGCCGUGCCAACUUCCAACGGGCAAUCUCCAUCCUACUCCAAUGAGAAAUUGAGCUCUUCAAAGCGCUCGAUCACUCGAUCCAGUAGUGGCCCCAGCCUCCCAAUUGGGUCACCACGUACUCUGCUGCUUGCAUCAAUGCUUUGCGCCGUGGUGGCCAACGCUGCCCCGACAGAGCCGCAAACAACUUCCGAAGCCUCGCAGAAGACUCUCGAGAUCCUUGGCCGGAUCAUCUCCUGGAUGUCAACAUUCCUCUACCUUGGCUCGCGGCCGCCCCAACUAUACAAGAACUACUGCCGGAAGAGCACAUCAGGCCUUUCCCCAUUACUAUUCAUGGCUGCCUUUUGCGGGAACCUCUUCUACUCCGCCUCCCUUCUUACCAAUCCCAACGCCUGGUAUGACUUCCCUGCCUAUGGCGGUGGUGGCUGGGCCGACGCAGAUGGCAACGACCGCCUCGAAUGGGUUACCCGCGCUACUCCCUUCUUCCUCGGCGCCUUCGGUGUGCUAGCCUUUGACGGGCUCAUGGGCGUGCAAUUCCUCAUGUACGGAACCCGGGAUGAUGAGUCUAUCAUGCAAGUUGAGGAUCCCAAAGACGGACGUAGUCGUUGGACCCGCGUUCGGGGUUGGAUGAGGGGCUGGAUCCCUUCAGUGUCCCCUGCGCGACGACUUCGUUCUGAUGCUCCUGUCUCUUCAGAAGAGAACCAAUCUCUCCUGCAGAAUGAGCGUGAGAGAUACGGUACAGUUUGAUUAUGAUUUCAUUCUGUAUUACUAUACCCUACUUGUCGCUAUUUUUUGGUUUCUGCAUACCGGUACCCGACACAACUCAGGUCAGGCACCUGCAUCCAACAGGCGAACAUGAUUUAACAUUACGACGUUAUGGCUUCCUUUCCCCAUACACCGGGA